UAUUUUUACUAUUCCAUUAACUGCGACGUAGGUACAUGGAGUACACUAUACUAUACAUAUAUACAGGUAGUGCCACAAAUUCAUCGUCGACGCGAGCGAAUAUAAAUUAUAUAUUUUUCUUGUUUCGAUAGCAGCUCAGAGUAGAAUCACGCGUCGCACACGCUGCAGUGACUUAUAAAAUAUUAAAAACAAAUAAAUAUUGGUCUACAGAUAUCGCGAGGUAGUAUUGAGUACUUGCAGCUCACGUCAAUGAUGGUUUAUACUGGUGUGUUGACUAUCAUUGGUGCCCCAGGGCAAUCACAUAUUUAGAGCCAUAGAAAUUCAACAUGGCAUUUCAUUUAGGUAAUUUCAUUUGUUUUAAACCGCACAUGAUUUAUAAUUUUUUUUAAUCAUACAUUAUUAUGUUAUAUUUAUUAUAUUAUGUUCAAUAUAAACGAUUUGGAUGGAUAAGUUAUGUAAACAACGAACUAAAAAUAAUUGUGUAAACAAUGAACUAAAAAUAAUUUAUGGCAACUUACAGUGCAUUGAAUCACAUAUUAUUAAACUAAUAUAAUAAUAUACUAAUGGUUUAUUAGUUAUACAACUUACACAAAUCUUUUUUGCGAGUUAAAAGUUUUCAAAAAUUGGCAAAUACGAAGUUUUCCAAUUUAUAUUCUUGGCCACUUCAUCUUUCAUACCAAAAUUACAUUGAUAGUGUCUAUAAUUUUUCAUUGUGUUUAAUUACGACCGUAUAAAUAUUUAUUAACUAUUUUUAAUACAGAAAAAAUCUUUUCAGGCUCUCAUUAAAAUAUGGUGAAAAAAGGAAAUGUUGACAUUAGAGGAUGUCGUGGUUAAGGACACAUUAUUGAGAAAGAAAAAACACAUUCACAGUGAUAGAUCGUUAUGGCUAUGAUUAUGGAGCAAUUCAAAAGUUAAAAGUGCUGAACACUCGUUUUAAAUUGAAGAAAGACACUGUUUUCAAUAUACCCACGUCCUACACAGAUAGAGAAUUAUGUUAUGCAUUAAGUAAUAUCAGCAGACAGCAAUUCACUACAAAUAUUUAAAUUUUACAUGUUAUUUUAUCAUCGUUUUGAUAACAAUAAAAUAUGUUAUUCCAUUCCUUUUUCUGGCCACAUUGAAAUACACACAUAAAAUAAAUGUAGUAACGCAAACAACAUUAUUUCUCACAUAUUCCACGAUAUUUGGAUAAACAAUCAAUCAUUUUUUAAUUUAUCACCUAACACGAAUUACCUUUACGGAACAGAAAAAAUGGCGGAAGCUGAACCGAAUAAAGAAAACACCCCUACUGAAUCCCCUGCUGCAUCCCCUGCUGCACCCCCUGCUGAUCCACCAGCAAAUAAAGAUAAACAAAAAGCUACAUUACGUCCGGUUUUAUACAACUUCCGUGUAUCUCCGGUAAAAGGCAACAUCAAGCAAUAUGCGUCGCAAAUGCCGUUCUCAGUUUUAUUGGACAAUUUGAUUGCAGUGUUGUGGUCUAUGUACAACAAAGAAACACAAAUUCGAUGUGGCAUUAAUCAAAUUCAAUGGGCGUUAGAGUUUUUGAAAUGUUUAAAGGUUGAUUAUAAUUACCCAGAAAGCAUUGGUAACAUUGUUAAAAUUCUCGAAAAAAAUAUGAUAGAACUUUACUCCAAAAUUAGUGAAAUACAGAAUAAGGAAAAAAUGCAGGAACCCAGCGUUGAAAUAUUAGAUUCAAAAACCGAUUUGAAAUCCGAUCCAAAAAAGAAAGACGAACAUGCCUUAUAUUUUAACGAAGAUGAUAUUCAGAAAAAAUUAGCAAAAAUUAAAUUACGAGUGGAUAAGGUGACUCGUAAACCGAGAUAUAUAAAAGAAUUAAAUGAAUUGGGUAAAAGAAAACCAAAAGUAGAAGAAUGCAAAGAUGACGAUAAGUCUCCACAAACUUUCGUGAUCGGAGAGCUGAAAAAAAUAUUGAAAAAGUCUAUAGACACAGACACUAGAACAGAUGUUGAAGAGUUAAUAAAAGAAUUAAACAAACAAAAAAAGACACCUCCUGCAGCAGGAGAUAAGACUAAUGCAGCAAAAGAUAAGACAGAUAAGACAGAUAAGAUGGAUAAGACAGAUAAGACAGAUGUCGACAAGACAGACAAGACAGACAAGACAGACAAGACAGACAAGACAGACAAGACAGACAAGACUGACAAGACAGACAAGACAGACAAGACAGACAAGACAGAUAAGACAGACAAGACAGACAAGAAAGACAAGACAGAUAAGAAAGAUAAGAAAGAUAAGAAAGAUAAGAAAGAUAAGACAGAUAAGAGAGAUGAUAAAGAUAAGACAGAUGGCACAGAUAAAGCACCUACAACACCAGAUGAAUAA